AUGGUCGUACUAACCGAGGAACAAUUGGCAUUGGCCGAGAAAGGGCUAUGGCGUCGAGAGAUGGAGAAGGAUGCUUGUGGUGUUGGUUUCGUCGCUAAUAUAAAAGGGAAACCGUCACAUAAGGUAAAUUUAAACUUUUUUUAUUGGUUUAAGAAUUUUAGGAAGCUGCAAAAGGUCAAGAAAUGAUUAGACAUUAUCUUGGUGGGAUAUGUUUAAUUUUAUGGCUGAAACAAGUUAUUUGUUUUCUAAAAUAGGUGAAAUUGUCUUGAUGACUGAAUUUUUUAAACCUUAGAGCCAAGAGAAAGGUUUAGGUAACGGAUGAAGGUAAUUUGAAGGCUUAAAGAUUUGUUUUGCAAAGAUUAUUGAGCUAUUUGAGGAUGAAAAUCGUUUUUCGAAGUAAAUAAAAGUUGUAAAAGCUUUUUUUGCUGUAAAUUAGAUUGAAUCAUAUUGUUUUUGAUUCAAAUACCAGGGUAAAUAUUAUCAGCAAAAAAUACAAAGUACGCGGGACAAUCAGCAGCUACGUUAUCAGUUUAAACGUAUGCAAACAAGGAAAGGGCAGUUUAAUAAGUAAACAACACUUUUGAUUGAUAACAAUUACAGAAAUGUUUUUUUAUUAUCUCUUGAGCUUUUAUCAAUCAUUUUUGGAAUUUGGUGUUUGAAAAUGUACCCAAAGUGAACAAAUGUAACUUUGGGUUUAUUUUCGACUGAUGACUUUAAAAGGCUAAACAAAAAACAAAAUAUUGGACAUAAAGUUAAAAUCAUGAGUAAUAUAACGUAAAAAUGAGAAGGCAAUGAAUAACAUAAAGUAGGUUAUGUAAAGUAAAAAAGAUGAAUUUGACGGCAUUCAAUAAUAAUUUUUCAGAUUCUUCAAGAAGGAAACGUCAUGCUGAUCAGAAUGGCUCAUCGUGGCGCAUGCGCGUGCGACAACAAUUCUGGAGAUGGUGCCGGCGUGAUGGCUGCCGUUCCAGACUCUUUCUAUCGCAAAUUCCUAAAAGAACAACAGGACAAGGAGCUUCCAGCGUUCGGCGCAUACGCUACAGGCAUAAUAUUCAUGGAGAAGGACUCGUACAAGCAAGCCAAGACCUCAUUUGCUGAUUUGGCUAGCUUUUGCGGCCUCAAUGUUAUCGCAUGGCGCAAGCUAAAGCUGAAUUCGGAUAUUUUGGGAGACGAAGCCAGGAAAACAGAGCCUUGUAUUCGCCAAGUGUUUGUGACCUGCGAGAAUGCUGAACAGGAUCGGGAAAAGUUUGAUCGGAUCGUGUACAUGUUGAGGAAGGUGGCGGUGAAUCACUUCAGAAAGGAGGGAAUCAAGUGCUAUUUGUGCUCAUUGUCACCAACUACUAUUGUUUAUAAGGUAUUUUAUGAUGAAUAUUUGAAAAAAAAUAAAGAUGGAUCAACAAUUUUAAAUUUUUAUGGCAAUGCAAUUUUAAAUUUUAAUAAAAAUGAAAUUCGAUUGACCUAAUUCAAAUUUAAUUUCAGGGCCAAUUUAACCCAUGUCAGCUGUACAAGUACUACGAUGAUUUGACCAAUCCAGAUUUUGUAACACAUAUUGCAUUGGUGCACAGUCGGUUUUCUACCAACACAUUUCCAUCGUGGGCCAGAGCGCAACCUAAUCGGUGGGGGUUUUUUGAAUUUUUUUCUAAUGUUGAUUUUGCAAAAAGUUUUGAAUUUUAAAUGGCAAAAGCGACAAGAUUUUUGUUAACACUGGUAGUAAUUAUUUUAAUUUUAAAAUAAAAAAAUCUAUGGUUUUUAAAACUUUAGUAUGUUGGCCCACAAUGGAGAGAUCAACACCCUCCGGGGCAACGUCAACUUUAUGCGAGCUCGUGAAGGUACCAUGCACAGUAACAAAUACGGUGAAGACCUGACCAAACUCUUCCCGGUGGUCGAACAAGGAAUGACUGAUUCGGGAAGUUUGGACAAUGUUAUGGAAUUCUUGGUUCGGGCCGGCAAUCGUACAUUGCCCGAAGCUGCUAUGAUGAUGGUACCAGAAGCGUGGGAAAAAGAUGAGGUAAAUUUUGGUGUGAAAUGAGUUUGUUUGAGGAUUAAUAUAAUAUUAUUACAUAUUUGUAUAGUUUUUUACGGGGAAAAACGGCAAGGCUUUUUGCGUUUUAAAAAACCUUGCUUGUCUUCUAAGUUCUAGUGACAAUGAUGUUUCUCAAACGUGCUCUAAUAUUUCUAAUUUAAGGAAAUGUUACCCGAAAAGCGCUCCUUUUACCGCUGGGCUUCGAUGCUGAUGGAACCGUGGGAUGGUCCAGCCCUCCUGGCGUUUUGCGAUGGUCGGUAUGUUGGUGCCAUCUUGGACAGAAACGGCUUACGUCCAGCAAGGUAUUACUUAACUGAUGACGAACAUCUGUACCUGUCUUCGGAAGUUGGCGUGAACGAUAUUCCGGUCGAGUCGGUUGUGAGAAAGGUUGGUUUUUUGGCAAUUUUGGCUUGGUAG